AUGAGGCAAACAGUUCGCAGGCAAUUUGCUUACCAACCUCAGAGAGCUGGUGAACUGCGCUUUGCCUACCUCGCGACCCUCGCCCGUCGCCCUGGCUUUCUCCGCCCACCGCCCUCGCCCCGCCCGUCGCCCUCGCCGCCUCGCCGCCUCGCCGCCCGUCGACCUCGCUUCCCUCGCCCGUCGAACUCGCUUCCCUCGCCCGUCGCUCUCGCUUUCCCCGCCUACCACCCUCGCCUUGCCCGUCGCCCUCGCCGCUUCCCCGCCCGUCGCCCUCGCUUCCGCCCGUCACCCUCCCUUCCGCCCGUCGCCCUCCCUUCCGCCCGCCGCCCUUCCUUCCCCUCGUCGCGCUCCCUUCCGCCCGUCGCUCUCCCUUCGUCUCGUCGCCCUCCCUUCCUCCCGUUGCCUUCCCUGCGAGCCCGCCGCCCUUCCUUCCCCUCGUCGCGCUCCCUUCCGCCCGUUGCCCCCCUUCGUCUAGUCGCCCUCCCUGCCGCUCGUCACCCUCCCUCCCGCUCGUCCCCUCGCAAUCCCCGUCUCUCUCUCGCCGUCUGUCGCCCUCGUUUUCCCCGUCGCCCUCCCUUCCACUCAUCGUUGCCCUCGCCAUCCCUCCCUUCUCCCUUCCCAUCUCGCACACUUGCUCCCCGCCGUCCUCCCCCCAGCUCUCUCCCCGGCAUCUCCCCCGCUCCCCACGUCCUCUUCCCUUUUUCCCCGUAUCCUCUGCAAUGCUUCCCCCCGUCCCCUCCCCUGCCUUCCCCCAUCCCCUUCCCUGCUUCCCCCCAACCCCUUCCCUGCUUUCCCCCAUCCCCUUCCCUGCUUCCCCCCAACCCCUUCCCUGCUUCCCCCCAUCCCCUUCUCUGCUUCCCCCCAUACCCUUACCUGCUUCCCCCCAUCCCCUUCCCUGCUUCCCCCCAACCCCUUCCCUGCUUCCCCCCAUCCCCUUCCCUGCUUCCCCCCAUCCCCUUCCCUGCUUCCCCCCAUCCCCUUCCAUGCUUCCCCCCAUCCCCUUCCAUGCUUCCCCCCAUCCUCUUCCCUGCUUCACCCCAUAAUCUCCCUUUCCCCCUCCCGUCGACCGCGCUUUCCCCCUCCCGUCGACCGCGCUUUCCCCCUCCCGUCGACCGCGCUUUCCCCCUCCCGUCGACCGCGCUUUCCCCCUCCCGUCGACCGCGCUUUCCCCCUCCCGUCGACCGCGCUUUCCCCCUCCCGUCGACCGCGCUUUCCCCCUCCCGUCGACCGCGCUUUCCCCCUCCCGUCGACCGCGCUUUCCCCCUCCCGUCGACCGCGCUUUCCCCCUCCCGUCGACCGCGCUUUCCCCCUCCCGUCGACCGCGCUUUCCCCCUCCCGUCGACCGCGCUUUCCCCCUCCCGUCGACCGCGCUUUCCCCCUCCCGUCGACCGCGCUUUCCCCCUCCCGUCGACCGCGCUUUCCCCCUCCCGUCGACCGCGCUUUCCCCCUCCCGUCGACCGCGCUUUCCCCCUCCCGUCGACCGCGCUUUCCCCCUCCCGUCGACCGCGCUUUCCCCCUCCCGUCGACCGCGCUUUCCCCCUCCCGUCGACCGCGCUUUCCCCCUCCCGUCGACCGCGCUUUCCCCCUCCCGUUGACCUCACUUUCCCCUGUCCGUCGCCCUCGUUUCCCCUCCCCUUUCCCCCUCUGUUUCCCCUUGCUCCAUCUGUUUCCCCUUGCUCACUCUGUUUCGCCCUUCUCACACUCUUCCCCCUCCUCCUCUUUUUCCACCUUGCUGACUAUAUUCCCCACUACUCACUCUCUUCCCCCCUGCUCAAUCUGUCCCCCGCUGCUUCUUCUCGUCCCUUCUGCUCAUUCCGUUUACUGUCUUUCCCCCCACCCCCAUAUCCUCCAAUGCAGUUACAGAAUGGGGAGGGGCGGAAUGGGGUGGGGCGGAAUGGGGUGAGGCGGAAUGGGGAGAGGCGGAAUGGGGUGAGGCGGAAUGGUGUGAGGCGGAAUGGGGAGAUGAGGGAUGGGGAGAUGAGGGAUGGGGAGAUGAGGGAUGGGGAGAUGAGGGAUGGGGAGAUGAGGGAUGGGGAGAUGAGGGAUGGGGAGAUGAGGGAUGGGGAGAUGAGGGAUGGGGAGAUGAGGGAUGGGGAGAUGAGGGAUGGGGAGAUGAGGGAUGGGGAGAUGAGGGAUGGGGAGAUGAGGGAUGGUGAGAUGAGGGAUGGGGAGAUGAGGGAUGGGGAGAUGAGGGAUGGGGAGAUGAACGCGUAUGCGACAGAAGCGGAGAAUGCCUUCUCGGUCGAGGGGAGGGUGCGUGCGAGCGUGACGGCAGGGAGAAGAGCGUGGGCGACGGAUGGGGCCGAACGCGACGGGAGGGAGCGAGCGUGGGCGGCGGAAGGGGAGUGA